AUGUUUUUCAAGACUUUCGCGAUUUUGGCUUUCGGCGCCUUGUCCACUGCGGCUUCGCUUCCUCACAGGCGCAGUAGUGAGAGUGAUGUCGUCCUUUAUUGUUAUGGAAGUACCUCAAAUGGAGGUCCUAUUUUCUAUGCUGAUGGACUUGCUUACUUUGGCAUGUCCGCAAACACUCUUGACGCAGGUGUUUCCACCAACAUCUCAUUCACACUCGACCCUGAUGACACCACCACUGCGUGGACCAUUCAGCCAAACACGACAACAAAUCCCAAUGUGUCUUUCAAUGAGACCCUCGACAUGUACAUUGUCCCUACCGAUGGUUCCUUCACUCAAGUCGGAUUUGCCUCCAGCAACAGCUCCUCUUUGCCCACCGGAGCUGUAACCACUGGAUUCUCUUUCUUUGGCACCAACGUUGCAUACGUAGAGUCGUCCUCGAACUAUGACAUGAUGUUCUGGGGAAAUGCAACCACAACGGACGGUAUCUUUGCUCUGUAUUGGAACGAUGGCAGCGAUGAUGCUCCUAAUGGCUCUUUCGCCGUGACUGUUAAAACCACGCCACCGGUAUCUAUAUAA